AAAAUAAUAGUAAUAUUAUGGUGGUAUAACAUCAUAAACAUUAUUUAUGCAUGUAAAAUCAUUCAAUGUAUGUAAAAUCAUUCAGAAUGGAUACGAACAAGAUCGAUAGCGACAUCAACAACAACAUUAACAACAACAUCAACAACAACAACAUUACAAACAACAACAACAAGAAUAACAAUAAUUUAAAUCACAUUAACAACAACGACGCCAACAACAUUAGCGAACAUUGCUACGUGAAUGACGGAGACCACAACAUUAAUAAUAAUAAUAAUAAUAAUAAUAACAACAAUAAUAUUAUAAAUAAUUAUAACGACAAUAUUAACAACGUUAACAACAACAACAACAAAAGUCAUUCAACUCCAGACAACAUUAACGACAGCGUUACUAAUAGUUACAUUCCUACUGACGAUCGUGACAGCAAUAAUGUCACGCACAACAACAACAAAUAUAGCAUCAACAACCACAACAACAUCAUCAAUACCAAUAACAAAGAUAGCAAGACAUGCAAAGACAACAAAACAUGCAGAGAUAACAACAUCAAAGAUUAUAAAACAUGCAAAGAUAACCACAAGAGCAAAGAUAGUAAAACAUGCAAAGAUAACAAAACGUACAACAAUAUAUCGCCCGAUUAUUUAGCGCAGCUUUUAAGUGACCGGAAGAAACUUCAGACAUUCAGUGGUCUGUUUAUACAUCUGGACAAGUUACUGGACAACGAGAUAAUAAAAAUUCGCGCCAAUUUGUUCCACUUACCGGUACCGACGAGUACCGACAGCGAUGGAAAACUUCCAGAACCGAUAGGAGAAACCGUGUCGGUAUCCGAAAAAGUAUUGAUACCGGUACACAAGUACCCCGAUUACAACUUCGUUGGUCGGUUAUUAGGACCACGUGGUAGAACGGCCAAACAGUUCGAGACGGACAUGGAGUGUAAGAUUAUGAUCCGGGGGAGAGGGUCUUUGAGAGAUGUUGCGAAGGUGGACAUCAAAAAGUUGAAAACCAACCAAGAAUUCAUGAACGAGGACUUGCACGUGUUGGUGACAGUCGAAGAUACGGAGAACAGGGUUCACAUCAAGUUGAGAAGGGCCGUCGAAGCUAUUGAAAGAUUUUUUAUUCCGGCUCCUGAGGGUGAAGAUUGCCUAAAGAAGAAACAGCUGAUGGAGUUGGCCAUCAUCAACGGGACGUACAGAGAAACAAAAUCAUCAUCAUCACCACCGUCAUCAUUAUCAUCACCAUCAUUACUAUCAUCAUCGUCGUCGUCACAGUUUUUGUUAUCGUCGCUACCGCCACAAGGUCUAGCGACACAAUUUAUAAGUAGGUGA